AUGGGUGAAACGUCCGCACCGGUCGUCGCCGACAUUCCGCAACCGAAACCAUCUCGGUUCCAGUUCGUUCCGGUACCGGGAGAGUUCACAAGAGGGCGAUGGAAGUGCCGCGAUUCAUACCAUCCGAACGCGGAGACGCUCGAGUUCGAGAAAAACAAGACGAAAGAGGAGGCGAAUCCAGAGAACACAAUUCAAGUGACUUCCGUUGAGACCAAGGAGCCGGAUAACCUAGAUGACCUAUCGAAUUCAUCGGAAAGUAUCAUAAUAACUCGGAAGAAUGGGGUGACAAUUGUUCGGAAGACGUCGAACUCGCUACUUCCGGAUAGAUAUGAUCAGAUACGGGAGCUUUCGAUUGACGAUUUUGAGAAUAAGUCGGAUGAAAAAGUCCAACAAGUGCCACCUACUCCAAUGAAUACGCCGCCAGCGAGUAUGGUAGUUGUUGAUACUGGGAUUCAAUCGGCUGUUGAGAACUCGCUAUCCCCCCAUGUAAGUCGUAAACCUUCGAACGAUGAGAAGGUCGAGGCUCAGAAGCUCGCCGAGCCAAGUCUCACAUCUGUAAAAUCUACUGCUUCCCUGUCAGUGGAGACUUCAAAAGCAACUCGCCACUUCCAAGUUGAACCAGUGGUACUGAGCGAGCCAGGCACUCCGGCUCCAGUUGCACCAGCUCCAUCCAUCGAAACUCUUGCCCCGUCACCAAACGCUCAUCAUCCACUCAGCGAGCCAACCUUCCAAGUGAUUCAGACGGAAGAGAGCAAGAAUAUGUCAAUGGACUCGGUUAAGAACGUUAUCGAUGCAGCUCUAAUGCCACCCCCAGCCGAUCGUCUCGACCAUGUAGAUGAGGUGGAAACACCAACGAAUGUGAUGAUAACUGUGUCGGCUGCAUUGGAAAAGAAGGAUGCAGAAGUGGCGGGAAGCUUGGAUGCUUGUGGAAUCCCGAUUGCCGCACCAAUCAGUGCACCCCACUCAACUCCUUAUGGAACUCCAAAAGAGACUCACAUAGUCCCGGUCUUCGAUGAAGUGUUCUCCUCCUCAAAUGUAAAUUCUCCACCACCGCCAAUCAUCACUACUACAACUGCCCCAACAACUGCCCCCGCGUCAUCACCAGUGUCCACAUCGGUCCCCGUUUCUGCUUCGUCGUCCGGAGCCGCUCUUCCAGCAGCUCCAGCGGCUACAAUGAACGCCUCAUCUCUGAAUACGCCUUCGACAACGGAUUCUCACACUCCAAUUGAUAACAAAAUCGAGCAGGCUAUGGAGUUAGUGAAGACCCAUUUGACGUAUGCAGUACGCGAGGAAGUCGAUACGUUGAGAAAUACGAUUGCCGAGCUGGAAUAUCAG